AGGUAGAGGGCAUCAUGCCACCGCCAGGACUGCAACAACGAGCGAUAAUACCUAUUGAAACCAGUGUGCCUUCAGAGCCAUUAGAGCCUUCCUUCCUUCCUGCAUCGCCAAUACCUGUUCCUCCAAAUUUUGUCGGCAGCGCUCCGCCUUCCUCUCCCCACGGUACCCAACCACCUGCUAUUGGGUGGACCGUCGUCAAAUUCCUGGUUUUACUCCAUUUGGUACCGUUACUGUACUGGCUGUACGCGGUCGUGAAAAGUUGGAGAUUGUCACGCGCUCGACCUCCCUCACCAAAGAUACGGCUGCAGGACGUUCGUAAUCUUCGCCAAUUAAGAAGGAUGAUGUAACAUACUCACCAUCGAACUCGGCUGUCUGCGCAAUUUCUUACCGUACCUUAUACCCCAACCUGCCUCGAAAAUGCGGUGUCGAUGUGGUCUAAUAUCUGCUUUCUGUAUAUACUGUAAAUGUAAUCUCUUGCGAAAUUUCACCCUUGGGCGCUAGGAAGUUCGCACUGGAGAGAUCUAUUAAUGUAAAUCGCUGUAUGACAGUUGACAUAAAAUGGAUGCCAGGGAUGGAUGCGUAGUAAAAUACAGACAUCCUGUGGUGUAUCCUUCUUUCUGUACAUGAAAUAUAUUACGAUAAAAUGAAGUAUCUACCAAAA